GGAAGCUACAAUAUUUAAACUGCACUUUAAAAAAAAAGUUAUAGUACAAAAUGACAGGAAAAUUGAAUUGUACUUCAAGAAAAGCCUCCAAAAAAGAUAUCUUCCCUGCAAGAUAUGUUCUCACUUUCUUGACUUUUAGUGGCAUGUGUCUCAUAUUUGGCCACAGAGUGUGUCUCAACGUUGCAAUGGUCGCCAUGGUGAAUUCCAGUGCCGAAAUUGAGUUGUCUGAAAAUGAUGAUAAUCAUAAUAAAGAUAACAACCACUGUCCCUUACCAGACUUGGUGCUAAAUAACACGCAGAAUUUGAAAAAGGGUACAUAUGCUUGGACACCAUACACACAGGGAGUCAUAUUAGCUUCCUAUUUUUAUGGAUAUGUCGUAGCACAGAUCAUUGGAGGAAGGAUUGCUGAUUAUAUUGGUGCUAAACGUCUCUUUGGAGGAGCAACAUUGUUGUCAUCCAUUUUGACCUGUUUCACGCCUGUAAUUUCAACUUUACCAGAGAUCCAUAUGAUUGUAUUACGAAUCGCCCUCGGGUUCGUUCAUGGUAUGAAUUAUCCAAGCGCAUAUACACUGUUCGCUCGAUGGGCGCCAGUACAAGAGAGGAGCACUUUGCUGUCCAUCUGCGUGAUCGGUACUCAUUUUGGCGUAGUGAUGUCUAUGCCACUCACCGGAUACUUGUGUGAUAAUGGUUUUGCCGGCGGAUGGCCAUCUGCAUUUUACGUAUUAGGAGCAGCUGGUUUCCUAUGGUUCGCCCUCUGGCUCUUCUUUGUAUUCGAUACUCCAGCAAAACAUCCCAGAAUAAGUUCUUUCGAGCUUGAAUACAUUCAAAGAAAUGUGCUAUAUGUGUCUAAAGAGAAACAGAAUGUAUCCGUUCCAUGGCUUCAUGUAAUCCGAUCUCCGCCAGUAUGGGCAGUGACUGUUGCCAAAUUUUGCGGAGCUUGGAGUUUUAUUUGUUUUCAAUCUAAGUUGCCAGCCUACUUGGAUGAAGUCCUGCAUUUGCCCAUCCAAAAGAACGGUUUUGUGAAUGCACUCUUAUUUGGAGCUCUGUGUAUUUCCAUUGUCAUUUCUGGAAAGGCUUCUGAUUUUAUCAGGUCAAAAGGAUACUUCAGAACAACCACUAUAAGAAAAUCGUUCGAAACCAUUGCUUUAUUAGGACCUGCUGCAUGCAUGGUUGCCAUUCCAAUGGUUAAAUGUGAUGCCAAUGCUGUGAUAGCUCUCCUAACUUCUGCGAUGGCUUUAUUCGGUUUGUGUGGUGGAGGAGAUGUUUCCGUCAUCGUCGAUCUGGCUCCAGAUUUUGCAGGCAAAAUAUUUGGGGUUUCGAAUGCCAUUGCAAGUAUUCCUGGUAUUCUUGCGCCUGUAGUUGCUGGGUACUUUCUAGAAGGCAAUAAAGGAGACGUUCAGCAGUGGUUAUACAUUUUCUAUGUGUCUGCUGGAAUAUACCUAAUUGGAGCUGUAAUAUUUUUCCUCUUUGGAUCUGCGGAAGUUCAAUCUUGGGGAAGUUCAUCCACUACUGAGUCAUCAGAAAGCAAAACUGAAAGAACUCUCUCUAUGAAAGAAUCAAAUCUUGUAUUUACUGUGCCUGUGAUAUUUAAUUCUAUUGGCGAUGACGGUUUGAAAAAAAAUGAAACAACUAUCUUGGAAAUCACAAGGUUUUGAUCUGAAACAUGAAACUGAGGAAACAGAUUUUACGUUUUACCCAGAAGCUUUGUACCAAAGAAUAUGGUCUCAUACGCACACAUUUUAUCAUUGUCAUCCUCUAUAUUCAAACUUUUAGUUGUAUUUAAAUGCUUAUAGUGAUAGUUACUAAAGUUUCAGUAAUUAUUCCGAUAAUGUGGUGGACUGUGUUUAAACUCAUCAAAGCUAUGUUACAAUUUUAUCAUUGCACUUUUUUCUUAUCUCUAAUCUUAUUUUUUAACGUUUUAUACGUGUUGUUUGUUGUACGUGUUUCUUUUUUAAAUAAAAUGUAAAUACUAUUUA